UUUCAGCUUAGUAACGUGUUGCUUGCGCAUGCGUUGAAGAAACAUGUCUGGAAAAAUGGCGGGUUGACCAAGGUUUAAAGUAACUGCUGUGAAAACUAACACUACCCAAGAUCAUGGAAGAAUUGGAUAAACGGACGGAGGAGAAGGCGAAGAGAAUGAAAACGUCAACCCGCCUACUGACCCAGAACAACGAGAAGAUUCUGGGUCAGAACACGCUUCGGAAACAAGAAGUGGUGGCAGAAAACCAAAAAUUCCACACCAACAAAAUGAGAACCUACGCCAGUGCUUGGACACCAGUGGUCAACAAGCCAGCCAAUGAGCAGAUAUUCAAUGAAAGAAGAGAUCUCAUUUCCCAUUGGUUUGACUUGUGGACGGACUCGCAGAGGAAGCGAUUCUUUGCCACGGUCUUCCAUCAGUGUAAGCGUACUCAGUACAAAUUCAUACAGAACUGGUUCCAGGAUAACGUCCCCCUACAGCACCUUGAUUUCACUACCGUGCUCCCAAAGUUCCUGUCCCUGUACAUCUUUUCCUUUCUGGACCCCAAGUCUCUCUGUCGCUGUGCCCAAGUUUCUUGGCACUGGAAAUUUCUGUCGGAACAGGAUGUAGUAUGGAUGCCUAAGUGUUUAAACUAUGGCUGGUUCCUCCCUUAUAAGGCACCAGACAAUGAGUUUGGGGCCUGGAAGAAGUAUUAUCUGGGGUGUGUUCAGACCCCAGACUACAAACCUGCUCUUGACUUCCAGGAAUCCAAGCCAGUCCGAAGUCAGUCCCCACCCAGAAAGAAGAAGCAGCCCAAGUCUGCCCGGGGCUCAGGGAGGAUGUCUCCCACCAGCAGUAGUACAGCAAUGAAGAUUCGACCCCCAUGGGUCUCUGCUUCUUUAAAGCCAAAUGACCUUGAUAAGUCCUUCUAUGCCUUUCUCCACGGAGCUAACCCCAAUGACCCUAAACUACCCAAGUCCGCGCUGGUCUAUCACAACAAGUGGGGCAUUGUCAGGAAAAACCAUGAAAUGGCCCUGAGCAAGUCCCAUGAUUUUGAUUUAGGCCUUGGAUCCGCCCACAGAAAGGAGGGACACAGACUCAUGACAUCAGGAGAGGACCAUGACCUCAGUAAGACUGCCCAGAGAAAGUCGCUGUCCGAGGUGAUGGACAUGAUAAACCUAGAGGAGAGGCGCAGGAAACAGCUGGUCGACUCCCCCUGGAACCCUCCAGUAGUGGGCAACAAAACCAAGCUCCAGUGGUUUGGAAAUGACACUAUGAUGUCAGGUUAUGAGGCCUACCCCACGUCCACAGAAUUUCGGACCCUGAGUCGAACCCUCCCCCUGACCGGGGUGGAUGAGAUUGACCACCCUCGAGUUGUGUUUAUCUCCUCCAGGGUACCUGCUGCUGAUUUGUUGGUUGACGCUGUGUUGUUUGGUGUGAUUCCUAUUGUGUAUGAAUACGAGGGAACAACAUCUGAGGCCCUGAUGAUGAAGCUGGAAAAAACUCUUGCAGGCCGAACAGCAAGGAGUGUUGGAUUGUUCUGUCACUCGGAGGAACCCGGUGAGCUACGAUUGGCCCAUGGCUGUACCGUUACCAUGGAUACAUUAUACCGAGCUGAUGUUCUAGACUUCUUCUCCAAAGUCUGCAGGAGACACCUUCUCCCCACAGAUCAAGGCGGCCAAUUUGAUAUUUUUGUCCCUUUGGCUGCUUGUGAACCGGGCUUGGAGAUUGUUGUACAGUUGAGCAUAAGGACAGAGAGGCAGUUCUCUUCUCCCACUGGUAUUAUCGGAAACUUUAAUCAUGUGAACUCUGAUUGGCUAAUUCCCUACAAAGAGGGCAGGCCAGGGGCAGUCACUCAGCCCCCAGAGGUGUAUUUCUGUCAGAGCAAGUUGGAUGUGUGGUCACACGUGGCUGAUCAAGCCAUUGAGGCACUGGCUUCCUGUAAACAACACCUGGGACAGUUCCUGGAAAAUACACACAGGGAUAUUGUCUCACAGCUCACAGGUCAGCUGGUCUUUGAUAUUCUGGGACAGACUGAGAUCCAUGGGGUGAAGAAUGUCACUAACUCCCUGUCAGAGGCUCUGGUACAGCUGGGCAAACAGGACAAAGAUGUGAAUCCCCUAGAGUUUUUGGGACAAUACCUUUUAGAGAAAUCUGGUGUGGAUGACUUGGCAUUCACAAGCUCACUGGAAAAGUCCCUAGUACCGGCCGAGGACUAUGAGGACGAAGAUGAAGAGGUCACGAGGAUCAAUGGUCAAGGUCAGACUGAAGGUCAGGAAGAGGAAGGGGAGGACAAGCCUGAGUGGGGAGACAUUGAACCAGAGGAUCAAGAAAUAGAGCAUUACUACUCACAGCACCAUGAUCAUGAUAGGAAUGAACCUCCCCCGCUGGAGAACACGGAGCAUCAGUUACACGCCGACCAGGAGGGAGAGGAGGUCCCCAAGAAUGCCAGUCUGAGCGAGACACUUCGACCACCUGCAGACAUGCCAGAGAAAGCCCAAAUGGAACAGAGUGAAAAGGAAGAAAACCGCCGACAGCAACGGCAGAAGCGACAGAAACUGGUUCAAGAAGCAGAGAAUCUGCGGGUCACAUUUGGGUCCAUGAGACUAACUGGCAAAUAUGAGCGAUUGACAGCAAAACAGUUCCAUGACCACCCAGAGAAGAGAACGCCCAUCGCCAUGGAGAUUCUGAGCAGCGAGGUGGAGUACAAUCGAAUCUUACAGGCUGUGAAAGAUGUUUACGUCAAACCUCUCAGGGCUGCCCUCAACUCCAACAGGGCAAUAGCUAGCUUCCAGAAUGUGCAGAUUAUCUUCACUGAUCUUCUACAACUGUUAGAUGCCAGCAGCGAGAUGUUGGCUGAUCUGAAGAAUCGAGUUGCUGAAUGGGAUGCCACCAAUUCCUGUCUAGGAGAUAUUUUUGUAAGAUUCUGUACCCACCUGAAGCUGUACACUAAUUAUGUCAACAAUUACGACGUCAUCCUACAAUGUAUAGAACGUACUAAGGAGCAGACGCCAGCCUUCAGAGCCUUCCUGAAGCGACACGAGAGGAUUCCUGCCUUGAGGAUGAUGACGUUGCCCGAGCUGUUGUUGUUGCCAGGACGACGGAUCAACGAGUAUGUGACCCUCCUGAGCUGGUUUGAACUUCACACUCCCAGCACUCACCAAGACAGAGGGGACCUGGCCGACGCCAUAGAAACACUGAAGGUCGUCAAUAGGCAUGUGCAAGAGAGCAAGACCAGGAUGGACAGAGACAGAAAGAUGAUAAAACUGCAGAAGACUAUACUCAACUGUCCUAGUUUACUGGAGUCCAAUAGAUACCUCAUCAAACAACAGGACGCUGCCAAUCUCAGACCCCCCUCCACUCAGUCAUCAGUACCAGAACUCAGGGUGUACCAGCACAUUGAAAUGCUUGGUCUGUUCCUGUUCAACGAUGCGCUGGUCGUCACACGGAGGACGGACAGGAACUUCCCAUUCACACGCGCCCGGGAACACACCUACCGGUUUGAGAGCAGCCUCGCCCUCUCCAGGCUUAGGGUGAGGGACAUCCCUGAGUCCAAAUAUAUACGCUACGGAUUUAAGCUGGAAACUCCAAAGAGAGCUCUUCACUGUUCGGUGGAAUCGGAGGAAGAAAAGUUCAAUUGGAUCAGCCUCCUGGAGCAGGCCAUUCGAUCCGCCAUAGAUAUACAGUGAUGUCAUCAUUUGACUUAAAACACCCAGUGUCCUUGAAGCACUGCCCCAAUCAAUGGACUUAUAUUUAGAAAAACUUCUAGCUAUAGCUUUAUAUUAUAUUAAUAAGCAUUGUUUUACACACAUAUAAUUUAUACAUGUUGUAGUAGAGUUUUCUUUUUACAUUUUUUUACCAUAUUUUUUAUUUUCAUCUUUAUAUUGUUUAAUGAAUGAUCAUUGAAAUAUAUGUAUUUACAUCCAUCUGUGAUAUAUAGGACAUAAUCUUUUUUUCUUUUCUUUUACUUUUUCUUAAUGAUGGUAGUAUGCCAGUCUCAAUGAAUAUCUUGCAUGUACUCAUCACAUUUCGUGAAUCAGUUCAUAUGCUGAUAAAAGAAAAUGCUGGACCUCAAGAAAUAUUUGCAGAAAUCUGGCUGAAGUUUAUGACUAAGAACACAUGAAUUCAGUGCUAUCAUUUGAAAGCUUAAAAUUGAUUUGAUCUGUUUUUGUAGAGAGUGGAGAAAUGCCCCAUUUUUCAGAGAGAAAACAAUAUCAAAAGGGAGAUAGGUCUUUUAUUCUGAUUUGUUAUCAAGAAUACUCUCAGAUGUUUCAGUUACCAAAUAUUUGCACAGUUAUUGUGAUAAAAUGUAAAAUGUUUGUAAAUCCAUGGGUGUUUUUUUUUGUUUUUGUUUUUUUUUUUUAGAUUUCUUUGUUUCUUUUUCGUUUGUGGUUUUACCUCUUAAAACAAAAUUGUCUUUCUACUGUUGUUACCAGCUGUGUUUUUGCCACAGUAACCCCCCACCUAGACGUUUUAAUGUAGCCCUCUCUGAUUUUUUUAUCUGACGUUUUCUGGAGAGAAGCCCUAAAAGAAAUAAUAAAUCAGGAGAGGGCUACAUAAUAGCAGCUACCCCCUCCGUCCUUUAAUUGUUAAAGUUGUGUGCCAGGAUUUUUUUUCUUUGGCCAUGUUUGAGAGAUACUGUUAAUUAUGUGUUAUUAUGGAACUUUUUUUAGACAAAUUAUGUAUACACUUGUUGGUGUGUUGAUUUGGGACCAUCCCAAUGUUUGUUGUCCAUUUUUACGUUAACCAUAAAGUGCAAAUCUGCCCUGUUGACUUGUUAAGAGCGGUUUUAUAGAAUAGUGACAGUUAUAGGUUUUUUGUCAUGGUAAGCAUAAAUCCAUCCAUUUGGAUAUUUUCCUGUUUGGCUUUUAUUAUUGACUAUACUUUUAAAGUAGAUAUUAAAUCAAAUAUUGCAUAAUUAUCACUUGUUGUUGCUUUAGUUUGACAGAUAAUUAUCAGAAUUUGGUUUCGUUUGUCUGGCAUUUGGAAACAGAAAUCCUCACAUUUUCCAAUCGUGCUAUAUGAUUUUAUAAUGUUAAGUAUUUAAUUAGUAAAAUAAUCCUAAAAGACCUUAAUGCUCACUGUUUAUUCCUAAUUAAACAUGAAGAAUUAAUAUCUGAAAAAAAAUUGAGCAUUCCUGGUGUAUUUUAAAACCUUGCUAUUUAUAAGAGUUGAGACUAAGGAAUUAGGAGAAAACUUCUGAGUUUGCAAUUUCAUAUUCUAGCAAUUUGAUACAAGACAGCAGGAUCGUGGAAUUAAGUACUUGUGUAAAAUGUGUGCUAUUGUUUAUUACAAUGCUAUUUUGAACAUUGCUACAGGAAAAUAUCUAGAGUAUAUAAAUAUAUAUAUGCACUUUACAUUGUCUUUUAUAAACCAGAUUUAUAUCUGGAAAGCUUUUGUGUAUAAGGGUGUACAUCCCAGUGUGAAUCUGGUUGAUACAUGCUGUUAUACAGAUUUUAAAUUUUUUUUUAAAUGUUGUAUUCUGCUAAUAUUUGUGCAUGAUUUAAAACUGUCUUUGAAUGGUAAACAUAACAGUAUAGCUCCUCUCUGACACAAGGAAAACUGAUAAACAUGUUCAUGCUGUUCCAGUCUUGAUUUAGAAUGAACUACAUGUAAAUUUGAUAAAAUCUUUGUGACGAGGUCUAAAGUGAUAUCUAGUUUAGCUGCUAAGCACACCGAUAUGUACAGUAGUUUGUGAUAUCAAAACUAAUAGCUAUUCCCUCACUCCUUUAUUCCUCAGCGUUUAAUAUGAUAUCUAGAUAUAUUUCUUCAAAACACUUGACUACAUGUAAUUUGAGAACCAGAAAUAAUUUUCUCCUCACACUUUGUAUUUGUGAUUGUGUAUUAAUUGGAUGUGUGGACUUCUAUUGCUGUAUUAGUACAUGUGAAUCUUGUAUGCUGAUCGAAUAGUUGGUAAUAUAAAAGCACUCAAAUCAGAAUCUAAUUAUGUAGAUUUCAAUAAAGUUUACUUUUAUUUUUACAAA